GUUGAUUCUCGAUGUCAUUGCUCUCUGUGUCGUGAUUUUCUAUCUGUCAAUCGAUGUGCCGUUCACCAAAGUUGGCUUUGCCCAUGGGACGUAGCGUGUUAUGACAGUGCAGCGAACAACGUUACGGCGGGCGCAGUUGCGACAGUUCGAUAUAUAAUCUGUUGACCAGUUGCCCAUCAUGCCACCACCACCGAGCUUGGCAAGCUCGAGUUUACAGUAUGCGCAGAUAGAGAGGAGAAAUGGGGGACAUUUUGCGCAUGCCGUCCUCAACCCAUACAUCUACGACCCCUCAAUCCCCCUGGCCAUUGUCGGAGCCAUCAUCUUCCCCGUCCUCUCCGCAUACAUCCUCUACCAAUACAUUCGACACCGAUCAUGGUUCUGGUGGGCAGCCGUCAUCGGCGUGCUCAUGGAAACAAUGGGCUUCAUCUCGCGGCUCGUCUCCGCGACAGAUGAGCACAACGACCUCCCCUUCCUCAUCGCCUUCGUCACCAUCCUCCUCGCGCCGUCCUUCCUCGCCGCCGCCUGCUACACCGCAUUCAGUCGCGUUGUCUGGUUCUCAUGCCCGACCGAGUCGCUCUCCUUCCAGCGCCUCUGGUGCUUCCCCCGCUGGAUAACUCCCACCUUCGUAAUCUUCGACCUCGUCUCCUUCGCCAUCCAGCUCAUAGGCGCAGGCCUAAUAUCCCGCCACUACGACCGCGACCCGUCCCACGACCGAAACAUCGAGAAAGCAGAGUCGAACACGCAAUCCGGGCGGGUCAUCCUCGUCCUCGGCCUCAUCCUCCAAAUGUCGUGCUUCGCGUCCUUCGCCGUCAUCGCCGUCCGCUACUUCUUCAUCAGCCGCCAGUGGCGCUGCGACGACCUGGGCGACUGGCGCAUGUGGCGGCGUCUCUCAUGGAUGAUCAACGUGGCCGCGGGCCUCAUCGCCGUGCGCGCCAUCUACCGCACCAUGGAGAUCCCGCACGACAAAGGCUCCGGGCUCCAGUACCUCCAGUCCCACGAGUGGUGCUUCUGGGUCUUCGACGCGUUUCCGAUUUUCCUGACUCUCGUGGUCUUCGCGGUCUGGCAUCCGGGGAGGUAUCUUCCGCAGAAUUAUACGGGGCUCAAGUUGAAUAAGGUCGCGGCGAUUCAGCAGAAGGAUGCUAUCAGGCCGCCGAGCGUAUUGACGGAGGGCGAGGAGUUGAGAGAGUUCAGGCCGGAGGACUUUGGCUGUGGGGCACCGCGUGGCGUGUGUGCGGGUGCGAGGGUCUGAUGCUUGCUUGCUUGCUUGCAUGCAUAAUUGUGGAGUGCAUGCUUCUACACAAUCGACCUGCGAGACAUUCACCUUUUCCCAUGAUGAUGAAGGUACUUUUCUUUCAUCUUCUUUGUUCCUGCGAGCCGA